UUUUUCAUCCAACUGCAAAUAGCCAAUAACUGGAUUCCAAGUUUCCUAAUCUCUCAUAAUCAUUUCCUCUGGCUUAUAAAGUGAAAACGGGAAAGAAAAAUCAAGAAAAUUUGCCAACCCAGUUGAAUUUGCAUAUUUUCCUCUACAAAAACGCAGGAAGAAAGGAACAAAGAACAGACGAAAAAUGGAGGGAAGCCCACCAGUAAAUCACAUUCCGAGCGAACCUGCUAUCAAACGCUACAAGUUCCUUUGGCGUGUUUUCCUCAUUUUCAACUUCGCUCUUGGUGCAUACAUGUUUGCGCAGCCGGGAAAGAAAGAAAAAGUGAAAGAGAAAAGUGAAGUCCCUGCUGAAGUUGUGCCUCCUCCAGCUACAGUGACUGCUCCUCCUGUUGAUGAGGAACCCGUAAUCUCUCCUCCCAUUACGAGGCCCGUGAUCGUGCGACCGCCUCUUCCUGAGCACCAGCAACGUGAAAUUUUCAAAUGGAUGCUGGAAGAGAAAAGAAAAGUAAAACCCAGGAGUAGAGAUGAGAAGCAGCAUAUUGAUGAAGAGAAAGCUAUUCUUAAAGAGUUUAUCCGUUUACAGUCAAUCCCAAGCAUCUAACAUCUAGUGGGAUCAUUUCUAUCGACAAACUUUGCAUGCCCCUCUAGCAAUGCGUGUCCAAAGACAAUGCUGAUUUCUGUAGCACUUGGCUGAGACAUAUUGUAAAGCAUAAUCAAUCGUUGGAAUGGCAUGUAUCUUUUCAAGCUUACAAUUACUUUGUUCUGCCUAAAGAAGCUUGAAAUUUAUUUCACAAAUUUUUGGUUUCACUUUCUCAGACUUGAGGUGUC